AAGUUUCUGGACUAUUUUCUAGUUUCCUAAAUCAAAAUCAAUAAUUCAGUUCCUUGUAGUCAUGUUACUGUAACUUUUUUCCCUUCUGGUUUCUUAAUCCGAUGUUCUUCAAAAAACCCUACUUUUAAAAUCCAUAAUUUACUUCCUCGUAUUACUCUAACCUUUUCAAAGUUUCUUAAUCACUUAUUCACCUGUUCCUUCACAACCCAACAAAGACUGAAGCAGCUUCUUCAAACCUGCAUCUGCAGUCCUUAUUUCAAACCAUACAAAUCUCCAAAGCUUGUGUUUUUGGUGGAUUUAGGAAUUGAGACAUUAAGCAGUGUUAUUGAAGGGUUUUGGAGUUCUGGCUCUGGUUGUUUUGAUUGCUUUGGAGCUCUGCAGAUGAAAUGGACACCAACGGGUUUACUAGUUCGUCGAAUGAUGUAGAAGAGGAAGGCGAAGUAAGGCAAGAGGAACCAAAGGGUAUUGCUGAGUCUGUUGGGGUUAAUCCACCAUUGCAUAUGGAAAAUGAGGCCAUGGUUGAGGAAGUCAAAGCUGGUGCUUUAAACUGGACAGAGGAUCCAAGGACAAAUUCAUUGAAAAUGACCAGUGAGUCCAUAAAUGAACCGACUGAUGCUGUUUUUUUGGAUGGCACUGAUGAUCAGAAGACUUGUUCAUCAUCAAUUGCUGAAAAUGAGUCUUCAGAUGAGCAGUUGGAUGUAGGUUCUACUCCUGAAGCAAACUGCAGGAGAACGAAUUCAUUGCAUACCUUAUCAGUUGUAGAGAGUUUUCAGUCGAAAGAGUUGAGUGCCAGUUUGUCACCUCGGGUGAAAAGGGGCUUGGGCCACUGCAUCACUGCGCCUGUGGCCACUCGCCAAAACCUCUUCCUUGAUAGCCAUGAUAUUGCAUUUUCUCGGUCAAUGACUGAGAAGAGGGAGAGUCCAAGGCAUGACCUAAAAUUGGAUAGACUGUCAGAGCGUGAGAAGGUGAAUGUCAGAAUCUUAUAA